AUGGCGAGAAGCAAAGUCAAAAAAGUUAAACCGAGAAAGAAGAAGCCCGUAAAAUUGGAUAAGCAGUUCAACUGCCCCUUUUGCAGCUACAAGAAAUCGGUCGACAUUAAGCUGCACAGGUCGAAAGGAAUCGGCGAGCUGACCUGCCUCAAAUGCGGAGUGAAGUACGCAAGCCAGAUUACCAGCCUGGACGAGUGCAUUGACGUGUACAGCGAAUGGGUGGACAAAUGUUUGGAUGCCAACAAGAAAGGGUGCAACGAGCUUUUUUUUAAUGAUGAGUUGGCUGCCCUGAACAAUUUGGACGACUAGGGCAAGGCCAGCCAACUUUUGCAGGAUGGCCGGACUGGCUGGAGGAACGCUCCAUUUUGACGCCAACCCUGGGGGAAGGAGUCAAUCCCUUUCGCUACAAAACAGAUUUGUGUGUUCUUUUUGUGUUCCCCCUCGAUCGUAUGCACUUACGGAAUCAGCCCAUGGUCAGGUGCAUAAACGCAUGGAGGACCCUCCCCCCGGAUCAUCGACACUUUUAACCGCUAAACGAUUAACGUGUGUAAAUUACUCCUAUUCGCUUAGCAGCCAACGCGUGGGGAAAUGACCAGUCGCGCUUUCGGUACCCACGCGGAAGUGAACCAUCCUGUGCAUUCCACACAGAAGAAGCUGUUGCAGCCAUGAGGGGGUAACCUCUUGCGCAGUUUACCCAUGUGCACGUUAUUUGACCUCCUUUACCUUUUCAACCCCGUUUGUCGUUUUGGAGAAGCGACCCCACAGAGGGGUAUAAGGAGGGGGGGAAAAACGGGAAAACAUACCCGUCAUUUUGGCCCCCCAUACAUUCGUUCACUUUUUUCUUUUCUUUUUCGACGCGGCAACCCUGUGUGAGGGACGAGUUGAUCAUUCGCCCUGCCCAACGAACGAAGGGCACCUCAUUUUCCUUUUCCGACAUUUACAUAUCUAUGCCCUCGCGUGUUCCUGCUCGUGUGCCUACGUACGGGUGUGUGUUCAUGCAUGGACGCUCGUUGCUGCGAGAGCAAAUUUUGUUUUUCCACAACUCUCGCCCAAUUUUUUUUUUCAGUUCUU